GAAAAGGAAAGAGAAUAUAUUCAACUAGAAUUAGGUGAAAGUUUAUAUGAUGAUUUAUGCAAAAUGGUGGCUGAACAAUUUCAACUGAUGAAAGAAUUAACACCAGUAAGUUCGCACCACCACGAAUUACAUGAAGGAAAUUACAAAACUGCAAUUUAUUCUUUAGUUUAUAAAUGA